GGGUAAACUAAACCCCAUCUUACCGUAUCUUUUUCCCAAACCGAUAAACCCUAGAAACUCUCAUCUCUUUCUCUCUAGAAGCUCUCUUUCUUUGUGGAGGGCCUGAAAUCUGAAGAAAGAACCAUGGCGGACGUGAUGGUGAUGAAGGAAAUAGAGGAAACGGCGGAUCGGCUCGGCAUCGAUCUCGCCAGUCUAGACCUCGACGCCAUUCGCCUCCCUCCGGGCCAAGAUUUUGGCAUUGUAAGUGACGAUGAAGAUCUGCAUCAAGGAGACAAUGUGGAGUUGGACACUGGCUUUGGCAAUAUUAUCAUUGUUGAUAAUUUGCCUGUUGUGCCUAGGGAAAAGUUUGAGAAGCUUGAGGGUGUUAUACGUAAAAUCUACGGUCAGAUUGGUCUGAUUAAGGACGAUGGGCUGUGGAUGCCUAUUGAUCCUGAGACGCAGAAAACAUCAGGAUAUUGCUUUAUUGAAUUUAAUACUCCUCUGGAAGCGGAGCUCGCUAAGGAGAAGACAAAUGGGUACAAGCUGGACAGGUCUCAUAUUUUUGCUUUGAACGUGUUUGAUGAGUUUGAUACAUUCAUGAAAGUUCCAGAUGAGUGGGCCCCUCCUGAAUCUAAGCCUUAUACUCCAGGGGAAAAUCUUCAACAAUGGCUGACUGAUGAGAAAGCUCGUGAUCAGUUUGUCAUUCGUGCUGGUUCGGAUACUGAGGUUUUAUGGAAUGAUGCGAGGCAUCUAAAGCCUGAGCCUGUUUAUAAGCGUGCUUUCUGGACUGAAAGUUUUGUGCAGUGGUCUCCAUUGGGAACUUACUUGGCGACAGUUCACAGGCAAGGUGCUGCUGUUUGGGGAGGUGCCAAUACUUUUAAUCGCCUUAUGCGUUAUGCGCAUCCUCAGGUAAAGCUGAUUGACUUUUCCCCUGGUGAGAGGUAUCUCGUUACCUACAGCAGCCAUGAACCAAGUAAUCCCCGUGAUGCGAAUAGGGUUGUCAUAAGCAUUUUUGAUGUGAGAACUGGAAAGGUGAUGAGAGAUUUCAAGGGAAGCGCUGAUGAAUUUGCUGUUGGAGGAACUGGUGGUGUUACAGGGGUUUCGUGGCCUGUUUUCAGAUGGGCCGGUGGAAAAGAGGACAAAUAUUUUGCCAGAAUUGGGAAAAACAUUAUUUCUGUCUAUGAAACAGAGACCUUUUCACUAAUUGACAAGAAAUCCUUGAAGAUUGAAAAUGUCGUGGAUUUCUGUUGGUCACCAACUGAUCCAAUUCUUUCGAUCUUUGUUCCUGAACUGGGGGACCAUCCUGCUAGGGUGAGUCUCAUGCAAAUACCAAGUAAAGAUGAGUUAAGGCAGAAGAAUCUUUUCAGUGUUAGUGAUUGCAAAAUGUACUGGCAAAGCAAUGGGGAUUAUCUAGCGGUUAAGGUUGAUCGAUAUACAAAAACAAAAAAAAGCACAUACACCGGCUUUGAGCUUUUUCGCAUAAGAGAAAGGGAUAUUCCAAUUGAGGUUUUUGAGCUUGAGAAUAAGAAUGAUAAGAUCAUUUCCUUCGCUUGGGAGCCAAAAGGCCACAGGUUUGCAGUUAUCCAUGGUGAUAACCCAAGACCUGAUAUAAGUUUUUACUCCAUGCGUUCUGCCAACAAUACAGAGAAAGUUAAAAAGCUCACUACUCUGAAAGGAAAGCAGGCAAAUGCUCUUUUCUGGUCACCUGCAGGCCGCUACAUAAUACUAGCAGGAUUAAAGGGUUUCAAUGGACAGUUGGAAUUUUACAAUGUUGAUGAGCUUGAAACCAUGGCAACAGCUGAGCAUUUUAUGGCGACAGAUAUUGAAUGGGAUCCCACCGGAAGGUAUGUUGCAACUGCAGUGACUUCGGUUCAUGAGAUGGAAAAUGGUUUCAACAUAUGGUCCUUCAAUGGCAAGCUGCUUUAUAGGAUUCUGAAGGAUCAUUUCUUUCAGUUUUUGUGGCGCCCAAGGCCUCCAUCAUUCUUGAGUCCUGAGAAAGAGGAAGAAAUUGCUAAGAACUUGAAGAAGUACAGUAAAAAGUACGAGGCGGAGGACCAGGACGUCUCAUUGCUAUUGAGUGAGCAGGACCGUGAGAAGCGGAAGAUGUUGAAGGAUGAAUGGGAGAAGUGGAUGAAUGAGUGGAAGCGGUUGCACGAAGAAGAAAAGCUGGAGAGGCAAAAACUCCGGGAUGGAGAGGUGAGCGAUGAAGAGGAGGAGUACGAGGCUAAAGAAGUCGAAGUUGAGGAGAUAUUAGAUGUUACAGAGGAGGUCAUUUCUUUUGAGGAGUGAUAAAUCUUUCGGAGCUUUUAGAUCCCUCUGUUUAAAGCACAACAGACCUCAGCAAGACAGCACUCUUCCAGAUGAAGUGAUAGUUUGGACAAGCUUUAGAUCCCUCUAUUUUUUGCAGCAUCUUGUGGUGAGCUGCUAAUUGCUCUGUUUCUCCAUCUUGUAUUUUUUUUGUUAGUUUAAUAUUUUAUCAUUGACUAGUUUUGUAGCUCUGAUCCGUGUACACUAAUUUACAAAGAGUAAAAACUGUGUAAUUGUUCAAA